AUGUGGCGGCAGGGUAAUCAUCUGCUGCGUGACGCCUCACGCCGCCAGCUACAGCCGCGUGUGGCCUACGCUAGGCACGUCAUCACCGGAGCGGCCUCAAGCCCUAGCUUGUCGAUAUGGCGGCGCAAGAAGGAAAUGGGGAAGGAGGGUUUGAUGGUGGCGAAGGAGCUCAAGCGCCUCCAGUGCCAGCCCGUGCGGUUCGAGCGGUUCAUGAAGGCCAACGUUUCCCGCCUCCUCAAGUCCGACCUCUUCGCCGUCCUCGCCGAGUUUCAGCGACAGAACCUCGUAUCCCUCUCCAUGAAGUUGUACGAUGUGGUGCGCAAGGAAACCUGGUACCGACCCGACAUGUUUUUCUACCGGGACAUGCUAAUGAUGCUAGCCCGGAACAAAAAAAUCGAUGAAGCAAAAACAGUUUGGGCUGAUCUGAAGAGAGAGGAAGUCCUUUUUGAUCAGCACACUUUUGGGGACCUCAUCAGGGCCUUUCUUGAUAACGGGUUGCCGGACGAGGCCAUGUGGAUAUAUAAUGACGAGAUGAGAUGUUCGCCCGACCCGCCUCUGUCCUUGCCCUAUCGCGUAAUAUUAAAAGGGCUUGUUCCAUAUCCCGAGCUCAGGGAGAAGGUGAAGGACGAUUUUUUGGAACUGUUCCCUGGCAUGAUUGUCUAUGAUCCGCCGGAGGGCCUUUCUGAUGACGAGCAUGGAGCGUGGAGCGAAGAGGAUUAA